AGGUAGAUUUGCGGACCAGUGGCCUGGCUAGUGUAUUUCUGCCUCAGGUGUAUUUAAUUUUUGUGAAAAAUAUUGCUUCGUGUUGUGUGAUACCCUAAAGCAGCAAGUACCGAUCAAAUUUGGUGUGUUUGUACCCGUGCUCGUUCCCUCGAGACUGGACAGGAAGAAAUCGGUGGUGCCUUUUCUCAGUCGACCAGCAAACGGUAUCGAAACCAAACAAUUUGUCACAAACAAUAUAUUAGUCAGCGAUAGCCCGUCCGCCAGCUGCUGCGGAAGAAGAAAGAAAAAGUGUCGCCACUCCGAAACGUAGCCGUUGUGUAAAUUUCCGCGGAGCAGCGCCAGCUUUAAUCGUUAAUAGCACAAUGUUGGCCCUCAUCAAUCGCAUUCUGGACUGGUUCAAAAGUCUCUUCUGGAAGGAGGAGAUGGAGCUAACGCUCGUCGGGCUGCAGUACUCCGGCAAGACGACCUUUGUCAACGUAAUCGCCUCUGGACAGUUUUGCGAGGAUAUGAUACCGACCGUCGGGUUCAACAUGCGCAAGGUGACGAAAGGAAACGUCACGAUCAAGGUAUGGGACAUUGGAGGCCAGCCUCGGUUCCGAUCCAUGUGGGAACGCUACUGCCGGGGUGUGAAUGCCAUCGUCUACAUGGUUGACGCUGCGGAUUUGGACAAAAUGGAAGCAUCACGGAAUGAGCUGCACUCGCUGCUCGAUAAGCCACAGCUGGCCGGCAUUCCGGUGCUAGUGCUUGGCAACAAGCGGGAUAUCAGUGGAGCCCUGGAUGAGACUGGAUUGAUUGAUAGAAUGAACCUAUCCAGCAUACAGGAUCGAGAGAUCUGCUGCUAUAGUAUUUCGUGUAAAGAGAAGGACAACAUCGACAUCACUUUGCAGUGGCUGAUCGCCCAUUCAAAGAGCCAAAGUCGCUAAAAGGCUGGAAUUAUGCACGGAAGUCGACGGUCCUUUUUUUGCUGACGGCGUGGCGUGUAUGAGUGUGAGAGUGUGUAGUGCCAUCCCCCGGUGGUUUACUGCUAAGUAGCUGCAAGUGCGACACAAGAAAGAGAGCAAGAAAGAGAGAGAACAUAAGAUAGAUAAAGUGAAAGAGAAGAAGAGUGAAAGAGAGAGGGGGAAAUCUAAUCCAAACAAGAAAAUCUCACAUUAGACUAUCGCGGUACCCAGUCCGGAUAGUGGAAACCCUAGGAAUCGUAAGAACGAGGAGUAGUCUGCAAGAUGCACACGGAUAGCAUUGAACAAACGAAACAAACCACAAACGGAAGGUAAGCAAAAACACAUUCACUAGAUCCAUUUGUAUCAACCGCGGUGCGAUGGUUAAAUGUUUCGCCAAGGGACCCGUGAAGAAAUAAACUAGGCGAUACUGUAUCAUGCUAAGUUAUAGGGAUGUAAAAGCCCCAGCCAGGGACGUUAAUUGCUGGUAAAGUGUGCAUACACGGCAUGGUAGCCACAAGUAAUCACAGCUAGGGUAUCGCGGAGAAGCCUGCAAAUGCCAGACGCCUAAUAACACUAGAUGUAGCCGUGUUCUCCCCGUGGAUACAUAAACCCCCUCAGAUGAAACCAACCAGAACAAUCCGUACUCGCUAAGAACACUAAACCACACUAGACAGUAUCGCGGCAUAAUAGAUAGUGCAAGGCUUUUGGGGCUCACUCUCUGAACUUUCAAAACUCACUAUACCGGACUAUUUGACCAUAAAAAGGCAGUCUCGAGUGCAAACCCGCAGCAGUUAUGAUGAAUUUGCUAUCGUUAGGUUGUUGCACGCAAAUUCCCUGGCCGGGUGAGCAUCCUGUGUGGUUUGAAAAAAGGUCACGCGAAUUGUCGAUUCGUCGCCGGCAAAGAGUGCUACAUACUCGCUCAAAUGAAAGCUCUCCCGCAACCGGGAACUGCUGCCGGCCCAUGUUGUUGGUGGUCAGUCAAAGUGUUCCAAGUGCUGAAUGAAGAGCCGGUGCAAAAGGGUACUGAAUUGUUGAAUUGAAUUAAUUAGCAAUGUAUGCCACACUUUUUUGGGUUUCAGUAGAAGUUCAACAUAAAAUUCGAUGUAAAAGGAUGAAAACAAAAAGUCCCUCGCGUGAAUGAGGCAAGAGAAUGAGUGAAUGCCGGGACAAAUCGAUGCAUGGAUGUGAUAAUUAAUGCGAGGAUGAACUUUCCUUUUCUUUUUAUAGAACAAAAUCUUUCGAUAACAUUAACUAACCAAAAUAUUCCCCCACAUUUCCGAUGAAUGGUGUGUAAAGCUAUGCGAGCUGUAAAGCGUCUCCAUUUUUUUUUUUGUAUAUGUUUUUUUAUAAAGUGAAAAUUAAUUGAUUAGCCAACACCUCCCAAACGAGUACUAUUCUAAGAUGCGAAUUUAUUUGUCAAUUUCUAAAAUGUUACCGCACCAACAGGCAAGUCAGUGUUUGCCCUUCCAAAGCUUUUGAGUAGAUGUCUAUCCCUUACUGAGAACCGUCUAUCAAGCGCGCUUUUAGCUACUUUUGGGUUUUGUUUAUAGUUUACGUUUUGCUGUUUUAUUGCAUUCUCAUGUUCGUUGAAGCGACGCGUAUGCCAUUCAGGCCUGCUGUUGUCCAACGUGUUGAAAUAGAACACUAGAAGUUGAAAUUUGUUUUUUUGCAUAAUGACCGACCUACAUGCAAGUGUUAAACAUCCCUACACGAAUUAAAUCAACCAAAAUAUAUCUUACAAAAUUACAACUAAAAAGAAUCCUAUGAAUUACUAUGGGACGCGUGUUAGAUAGUAGUGAUUUGAAAUACAAGUAAAAGCUAAGGCAAGGUUAAAUCGUAUUGAACUAAUCUAAAACUACAGCAACAGUAAGGGGUGACAAGUGGAACAAAAGAAACAUAAGAACUACUAUCCCGAUACCGAUAAUUACCGCAAAUAGAAAUUGAAUUGUAUAUAUUGACAAGCAUAUAAUUAUAACGCAAAACAAAAUAUAUUAAAAAAUAAAACAAAAGUCAAGGAAAACGGCAAGUUGAUUUAAA